AAAAAAAUCACUGAAUGGUUUAGAAUAGAAUUUUUAGUUUAUGAAUUCUAAAACAAGAGCUACGAUUUCCCGGGUGCGCUGCGAGAAUAGCCCAUGCAAUACGAUCCAAGCAAGGAAUAGACUGUUUCUAUAGACUUGGAACGAUGUUUGUAUACAAUAAUAUGUCUAAUUCAUCGAAAAAAAUAGAUUGGUUUCUUUUAUUCAUAUUAAAUUAAAUUAGAAAUAGGAAAACAGCUUUGUAUGGCAUUUACCCGUCAUCCCUCUAUCCUCAAACGCAAGCCAACCUAAAAGUGGAAAAUUCAUAAACAGUAGAAUGAUUUUAACGAGUUCUAUGCAACAACUGUUUCGUAGGGAUUGUACUAGAUCCCUACAAUGGAUGAAAAAGAACUAUAUCUACACGAUUAGCUCAGCAACAAGUUUUCACAAAAAGCCGUCCGUGUUUGAAAACUCUGAACCCCUAGAUCAUCCUGACGCGGGAGAAGACUCCUUUACUAGUUUAAAAGAUGCAAAAUAUGCUUUCAAUGCCGUUUUGGACGGAGUUGGCGGCUGGACAAGUAUUGGUAUCGACCCAUCCAAGUUCUCUUGGGGACUGGUCCGAGAACUCGAAAAGGAAUUCAAGCAUUUUGAUAACGACAAAUUCCCUGAUCCUCUUUCCUUGUUGACGAAUGCGUUUUCUUCCUUGAAGAAAAGCAAUAGCGUAAAAGCCGGCUCUUCUACUGUAUGCACAACAAUUUUCGAGAAGCAAUCAGGCAAACUUCAUUCCUUAAAUCUAGGUGAUUCUGGUUUUUUGAUCCUUCGUAAAGGAGCCGUGUUCUAUGAAUCUCCUCCUCAGGUUCUUCAGUUCAAUAUGCCCUAUCAACUAGCUAUUUAUCCAUCUCCUUAUGUGUCCAAAAAUGAAAUUACUCCUUAUAUGAGUGAUCUAACCAAGCAUCAGCUUCAUAAUGGGGACUUGGUCAUUCUAGCUACCGAUGGAGUGUUUGACAAUUUGGACUCGCGAUCCGUUUUAGAGAUCGCCAACCGUGCCCUUUCAGAAACUUCUAUAGACGGAGAUUUUACGAAACGGUUGGCGGAUUCUAUUUGCGACACUGCUGUCACGAACUCCAAGAAUACAAAAUGGAUUUCUCCGUUUGCUAAAGCAGCAAGGAACUAUGGGCUUAAAUUUCGUGGCGGAAAAGUCGACGAUACUACUGUCACUUGCAUGCUCAUUCAACAGCCUUCAACUUGAUUCCUUCCCAUUGACAUUUAGACAACGGGCUCCAGCUUUUUGCUAGCUUUUAUUCCAAAUCUUCAGGACCAAAAGAAUCCGGCAACAGCUUGAACAAAAAAAUUAGUCUCAUGCACCUAAAAUUCAUAUGACAUGACAUACCUCUGCAAUCGUUUUCGUCUGAAAAGUACCAUCAGGAUGAAAGAGAUAGAUAUCGAUAUCUUUGGAAAAUUCCCGAAUUCUAAUAUUUGUUAAAUCUACUUGCUUUUGUAACAUUCUCCUUGCAGUUCACUUACGCUUGGCGACAAAUACCACAUGGGGUAACUCUUCCUUUAUCACUCAUAACACCCAACGCCAUAAAACUUUUUUUUCCCAUACUCUGUAAAUAAAUCAAUGUUAGUUGAGUUUUUUUGCCUAGUUUCUCCUUACCACCGCUUUCGUUAUUGCUACUCUUUCGGCACAAACACCAGCGCCGUAAGACGCGUUUUCAACUUUAAAGUAAGUAAAAUAAAAUAAAAUAAAUCCAUACCAUUGGCUCCGUAUACAAAUGUUUUUCCAUCAUCGCAUAGUACACAAGCUCCUACUGCAAACUUCGAAUAUGGACAAUAGGAAUAAUUCAAGCUCAACUUUACGUGCUCAAAUAGUUGUUUUACAAGUUCCUGAUUCAUAGUAUAACGAUUCCAAUCCUCUUCUUCUCUUCUUUUUUCUUUU